AUGCUGACAUUUAUAAAUCGUAAAACAAUUCUUACUCUUUAUAUAUCAAUAAUAAGGCCUACUUUCCUUGUAGCCACAUCCAACAUGUCUUCAGGGAUUAUCGAUGCCGAUAAGUACUCGGUUGCUUACGUAACUGUGCCCAAUAUUGAUGUUGGUAAAUCCAUUGGACAUACUCUAGUCAAAAACAAAGUAGCUGCUUGUGUUAAUAUCAUACCUGGAGUAACCUCAAUUUAUGAAUGGAAAAAUGAAAUCGCCGAAGAUAGUGAGGCUCUGCUAAUGAUAAAAACUCGCACAUCGCUAGUGGAUAAAUUGACUGAAAUGGUGCGAGCCAACCAUCCUUACGAAGUGUGUGAGGUGAUCUCGUUACCCAUCAAGAACGGCAACCCUCCAUAUUUGAAGUGGAUUGGAGACACAGUACCUGAUGUCAAUUAA